GAUUCGUUGAUUUUGUCUUCCGCACGUCAUCAUAUUAAAAUUAAUUUGUAAUUGAAUCAUUUAAAACUUCUAUAACUAUUAAUAAGGACAGAAUGUACUAGAGUAGAUUAGUAAUUUGUCCUUUUUGUUCGUUUCUUGUUCUUUUUCUCACUUCUGAAAUAUCUUCUUCCGCGGAAAUACUUCUUGUGUGUAUUAACCUAGGUCACAAACGGCCAAACUCUUAAAAUCGGACUGGUCAUCUUUAAUCUACGACCCUAUUUGACCUGCAAGGCGUCGUUCCUCCCACAAUUCCGUUUAUUGGGCCAUUAUGCCGUUUAUGAAAGGAUUUCACCCUGUGCGAAGAACACUACAACACUUAAACGAUACCAAACUAAUUUUGAAACCCUUUGUCCGAAUCGUCUCCGUUAAUUACAAUAACAAGGGGGGGAACUCAGAGGGGGCGAGACAAUUCGUAUACUGGCACUUGACUCAACUCCAGUACAAAAAUCCGGACGUGCAAGUCAUCACUUUUCGCGACACAACACCAUCCCCCUUCAUCCGUGUCUUCUUCAACAGUGGGAGGGACCUGUUGAUGGACAUUGAUCGUCAAACCAAAGACCAAAUUCAAGAGAGGCUUGUUAGAACGCUGUGCAAAACCAAGGAGGAACUUGACGAAGAGGCAAAAUCGGCGGAAGUGAAACAGAAUCCGGCUUCCUUUGGAUACGGGUGUAGUCGUCAUUGUCUUUGUGAAAUACCUGGUCAAGUCCCCUGUCCUGCUGUAGUUCCACUUCCGUACCAUAUGCGAGGAAGAUAUCGUUUAGGAUUUGCAGAAAUAGACGAGUCUUUGUAUCUUUAAAUUUGGGAACAUUACUAACAGUCCUACUACUAGUUUGAUUUAAUGGGAUAGUUGUAAUAAUGCAGUGAAUAAUAGUUUGACUUAAAAGCAGUGUGUAACAAUUAGU